AUGAAGACGUAUUGGGAAGACACAACUAAACUAGUUACAGCACCUCUUAAGAGACCUAAAGAUGGUGGGAUACUUGUUAUUGGCUCUGGCCUUGCUGGAGUCUCUGUAGCAUACCAUCUGCAGAGAACAGGUGUGUUCGAUCAAGUAUCGAUUGUAGACUGUGGCACUAAGAAUGCCUCUUACUUCCGCAAUGCCGGACAUAUACUCUUAGGUACAGGUGAGUCGUACAAGGCUAUGACAAGCGUCCAUGGCGAAGAUAUCACCAAUAAGGUUAUGAUCAUGUCUAAGUCCUUCAUAAGAGAGAUAGAAAAGACGGUGAAGGAGCACAACAUAACUGAUGCGUUCAACAGGUCUCUCUACUAUAGGAUAGCGCUUGAUGAUGUCGAAGCAAAAGAGCUAUAUGACAGCGUGAUGAUGCAGUCUCAGGAUGAGAUAUUCUGGACAGACUGCAAUCCUGAAGGCCUCAUGCUCAAAGAGAUCAAGGGUGCUUAUGUCUGCCCAUACUCUGCAUAUGGUAACCCAGUCAAGUUAAGAAACGGAGUGCUUGAGGUAGCUAAGCAAAGCGGUGUCGAGCACAACUCAUAUAAGGUCGGUUCCGUAGAGGAAGUCAACGGAAGAGUCAAAGUCACCUAUCGAUACGAUGGUGAGCCACAGGUAUCCUGGCACGACGCAGUUGUUCUAUGCACCAACGGCUAUAGUCAGCAGAUAGGAGGGUUCUUCCAGAACAAGAAGACGAUAGAACCUUUCAAGGGGCAGGUUAUAGUUAGUAAGCAGGAUAGCAGGCUCAGCAUGAAGACUGGACCGUUCAGCAUCGACCAUGGCUACAUCUACGGAACCUUCCUACCUGAUAACAGACUGCUCAUCGGCGGCUGGCGAAACAAUGUUCCUGGCGGUGAGAUCGGCUGUACCAACCUCAACAUCAACAAAGAUACUGAAGAAGGGUUAAAGCAGUUCGUACGAGAUAACUUCACUUUCGGAGACGAAUUAGAUGUGGGAAUACUCAUGGCUGGCAUCAUGGGCUCAUCGACUGGAGGACUACCACAUGUGGGGCCGACUGAUUCCGAUUUGAUAUAUACAUGUGCGGGCUUCUCCGGAUACGGUUUUGGGUGGGCGCACGGUGCAGCAAAACUUUGUGCAGAUAUUAUGGCUGGAAAUAGGUUGAUAUCUGGUUGGGAACUUUUAAAACCGAGGUAG